CUUUGGGCCAUUUAAACGGUCCGCGUGCCCCGGGACCAUCGCUCCGGCACCGUGGGAAACUCUAUUGACGCUGCGUCUUGCGCGAGAUACGCCCCUCGUCGAUCCGAUUCGAAGUUGGUGACACCAGCUGCGCGCGCUGCGUCCGGCCGGCACGAUGCCAGGGCUGAGGUCGGAAUCAUCGGUCCAGCCAUUGGAUCACGGCCAUUGGAUUAGCCGUGUACCGUGCAAUCUGGUGCAAUCUGGACGAGGGUCCGUCGUCAAGAGCGGCAAUGCAGACACCCGGCAGCAAGCGAGGAGAUGCCGCCCCAGCGUCCACGGCAGUGUCUGGCAAUUCUCUGGCAAAUGGCCGUUCCCGCAGUACGUGCCUGCUCAUUUCUCGCCAAGUCGCCGGGGUGGUUGGUUGCGAAUCGCCGUGUGGAGAGAGGAAUCGCGAAUCCGAGCUGACGGGUCUUCAGCUGCUGGUCGAGCGGAAUCCGAACGCCUGGCCCUGCGCUUCCCGUCCGCGCUUGGAGCGGCACUUGGAUGUACUGGACGUACGGUGCGGAACGAGCAAGAAAACUCUGAAGUCUGGGGUAUGCCGAUGGGCGGCAUGCGGCCUCCGCCGUCUCAAUAUGGCCCUGCGUGAAUUGCAGUCUCUCCAGCUGCAUGCUGCAGACUCGCAUACUCCAGGCGCUGUGUGGGUUUAGUCUGGCUGUCAAAGAGCGGUCUGCAUCAACUAGCCUAGUGCCCGUCUGCUGUCAAACCCUCGCCAAGCAUUAUCAGAUAAAAAACAGACGUGCUGGAGGCCUAUUCUCUGACGCUUCGGCCGCGUUGCUGCAGCUAUCCCUAUCGGCAUCGGGGCUAUAGGGUAGUAUGGCGACGGUUCCCAUCUCGUGAAACCAGACCCCCCCCGGUCCUCGUUACCACGCAGUAACUUUCGGCCAACCUUCUAUUCAUCUUCUCUCACUUGUUGUCUCCUCCCAGCCGAUCGUGUCUCGGAGCUUAGUCGAUGGCUUGCCUGCUAGGGCCGACCGUGCCCCGGUUC